AUGGUCAUCAAGUCGCGCUGGAACGUCCCGACGCCCGCAGUCUCGCUGCCAACGUACAUCUUCGACUCGCCGCACGGCGAGCUGCCCAAGACGCCCGCGUUCCUAUCCGCGAAGGAGCCGAACAAGUACUUUCUCUCGCUGCACGAAUACCGCCUCUAUGCGAAGCGGUUUGCGUCUGGGCUGCGGCGCGCGGGCCUGCAGCCGGGCGACCGCGUGCUGCUGUUCUCGGGCAACACGCUGUUCUUCCCGUCCGUGAUCAUGGGUGUCAUCAUGGCCGAGGGCGUCUUCACCGGCGCGAACCCCACGUACGUCGCGCGCGAGCUCGCGUACCAGCUGAAAGAUUCCGGGGCGAAGUUCCUCGUGUGCGCCGAGGGCAGCCUCGACACGGGCAUCGCUGCGGCCAAGGAAGCCGGGCUGUCUGCGGAUUCCGUGUUCAUCUUCGACGAUGGGAACGCGACCUUUGACGGCCGCACGGUGGAGAAGAGCACGGAGCUGGGGCACGUCAGGCACUGGACUGCGCUACUCGACAGCAAGGCGAACGGAGACGCGUACGCGUGGCCCGAUCUCAAGACGCCCGAGGAGCUCGACCGCGUCGUCGCGCUCAACUACUCGUCCGGCACGACGGGCGUCGCAAAGGGCGUCAUGAUCACGCACCGCAACUACGUCGCCAACAGCACGCAGCAGAUCCACAUGCAGGCGCUGACGCCGAACUACACGCAGGACCUGCCCAAGCAGCGGUACCUGUGCUUCCUGCCCAUGUACCACGCCAUGGCACAGUCCGUCUUCGCCGUCAACGCCGUCAAGCAGCGCGUGCCCGUGUACAUAAUGCCGCGGUUCGACUUUGUCGAGUUUCUGACGUACGUGCAAAAGUACAGCAUCAGCGACCUGGCGCUGGUGCCGCCGGUGGUGGUUGCCAUGGCCAAGCACCCCGCGACGAAGAAGUUCGACCUCAGCAGCAUCAAGACUGUGACAGUGGGCGCAGCGCCGCUGGGCCGCGAAGCCAGCCAGGAGUUUGAGAAGCUGUGGCCCAACGGCCAGGUCAAUGUGAAGCAGGGCUACGGCAUGACCGAGCUGACGUGCGCGGUGAUGAUGUUUAAUCCGGCAAAGCACUCGGCGUCGUUCAGCGUCGGCGAGGUGGUGCCCAACUGCGAGGCCAAGAUUGUGCUCGACGACGAGGGCAAGAUCGAGGCACCGCAGGGCGAGCGGGGCGAGAUCUGGGUCCGCGGGCCGAACGUGAUGAAGGGGUACUGGAACAAGCCCGACGCAACUAGGGAGACGUUUGGGCCGGGCCGGUGGCUGAAGACGGGCGACGUGGCGUAUGCAGACGAGGAGGGCCAUUUCUUCAUCGUAGACAGGAAGAAGGAGCUGAUCAAGGUCAAGGGGCUGCAGGUGGCGCCCGCAGAGCUGGAGGCCCUGCUGCUGGACCACCCUGAGGUCCAGGAGGCGGCGGUCAUUGGUGUGCCGCACAACGACGACGAGGCGCCCCGGGCGUACAUUGCGCUGCAGAAGGCGGACAGGGCCACGCCCGCGCUCGCCGAGGCCAUCAAGUCCUGGGUUGCGGAGCGCGUGUCGAAGCACAAGCGGCUGGAGGGCGGGGUGCGUUUCAUCGACGAGGUGCCGAAGAAUCCGUCCGGGAAGAUCCAGCGGAAGCUGCUGCGUGAUCAGGCGGCGCUGGCGGAUGCGAAGGCGAAGCUGUAG